AAGUUUUGCUCUUCUUGCUAGCAGCUCACUAUUUAUAUUUGGAAAAUUUGAACGGACAUGGUUUUCUAUUUUAGGAUUAUUCGCUCAUUGGUUGAAUGAAAGCGGAAUGUACCAUUUGUGAAUUAUUUUUUUUUUGUUUUCCAGAACGCGCUAAACACAAUUAAACCGCCACUUGUUUAUUGCCGUUUGGCUCGUUUUUAAUGUUAUGCUCGUAACUAUUCUGCGCCCCGUCAGUAACGCACAGCCCGUUCUGACCCCUUCGCCUGUGGAAGGUGGUCUGUCCCGGAGCCGUAGCAGGAGAGGGAGGGUCAACAUGGCGUCUGAGCAGGAAAGCUCCAAUGGUCCUGUGAAGAAAUCCAUGCGAGAAAAAGCCAUAGAAAGACGGGGUAUCAACAAAGAACAUAACAGUAAUUUCAAAGCAGGUUAUGUACCCAUAGAAGAAGAGCGUCUUCAUAAAACAGGGCUGAGAGGACGCAAGGGAAACAUUGCAGUGUGCGUCAUUGUCCUCCUUUUCCUCCUCGCCUUAAUUAACCUUAUUAUCACGCUGGUCAUAUGGACGGUGAUCCGUAUCGGUCCGAAUGGAUGCGAAAGUAUGGAGUUCCACGAGACCGGGCUGCUGCGCUUUAAACAGAAGGCGGACAUGGGCAUCGUUCAUCCGCUGCACAAGAGUACGGUCGGGGGCCGUAAGGACCAGGACCUGGUGAUUGUUGGCAACAACAACCCGGUUGUUUUUCAGCAAGGCACGACUAAGCUUAGCGUAGAGAAAGACAAGACCUCGAUCGUCAGUGAUGCUGGCAUAUCCUUCACGGACCCUCGCACGCAGACCACCUUCUUCAGCACUGAUUUUGAAAAUCACGAGUUCCACUUGCCCAAAGGAGUCAAAGUCCUCAGUGUUAAAAAGGCUUCCACUGAGAGGAUAACAAGCAGUGCAGCAUCUGAUCUGAGUAUUAAAGGGGACAGCAAGGCCAUCAUUCGUGGUAACGAAGGUGUCAACAUCAUGGGCCGAACAGUGGAGUUUAAAGUGGGUGGAGGAAUCGAGCUCCGGGCUGAAAACAGCAUCGUGCUCAACGGAUCAGUGAUGUUCAACGCCACACGGAUUCCUAUCUCCGCAGGAGACGGGUAUUUUGAUGAGCCCGGGGAGCGGUACAAGCUCUGCAUGUGUGCAGAUGGAACUCUGUUCCGCGUGCAGGUGAAAUACUCCAACAUGGGCUGCCAGACAUCAGACAACCCAUGUAAAAAAGCUCACUAGGAGCCUGGACUGGAAUCUGCUGCGUGUUUUUACAGUCACUGCUGAAGUCAGAUUAUCCAUUUUCAUAUGUAGUGCAAAUUCUUGACUCACAUACUGAUACCUCAACGACAAAUUCUGCUCUGCUUAUUUUUGUUUGCCAAACAGAUCAUGUGUCACAGAUCAUUGCCACUUGGCCAAAGAUAUUUACAUACCAGUAAAGUGUUAUUAUUGUUUUGGAGACUUAAAUUUGAUAUUUUAUUAGCGCUUAGCACAUUUAACAUUAUACUGCCCAUUUGGUAGCAUUUACUUCAAAAGACACUACAAUUACUUUUUGCCUUACCGCACAUUUUAUUUUCACUGACAAUAAUAAAACACUAUGAGAUUAAAUUAAGUUAUGUAGUAUCAAAUAUUAUAUUUAUUACUAACCGUAAUACAAAGCAAGCAUUUAAAGCCAUUAAUGCCACAGUAGACGAGGUCACUUUCUGUCUAUCAUGCAUGUGCCAACGGAGUUACAAGGGAUGAAGAACUAUAUAUAAUAUUCAUUUUGUUUGCUAUGUUUAUGUAGCAAAAUAAUCCAGUGUUUAAAAUCUGAAUGAGAGUGUAGAUUAGACCUCAGAUUAAUGAACCUAUUUACUUGUUUAUGUUUGUGUGUGGAGAGGUUAAUUUAUCUGUUACUUGGUUUACAGACUUUACUGAGUGCUUUGAAUUUUGUGCAAUAUACUAUAAACGACCCAACUGUUAUUUUGCUUUGAAUCAUACUAUCUGCUUUGAAUUUUUGACUGCAUACCUGUGGUUUUGAUGCACAAAAUGGAAACCAGAGGGAAAGAAAAAAACGGUGUCCAACGAUCGGUGAGAUAUUCGUUUCAAUAAAGAAACAUGUUGCUAUGUGAAA